CACUUCCCCACACACACAACUUUCUUUCUUUUCGUCUCUCUUCUUCCACUGUCAGAUUCUUCUUUAUUCAUUUCUGUGAUCUUCUUGUUUCUCUUCUUUCACUUUUGUUUCCUCACAGAUCUCCCUCUCUUCUUCCAACUCAAAUGGAGUCUAAAUGUAAACUCUAUGCUUACUUCCAUCUCUUCCUCCUCUUCUUCACUUCACUUGCACAAGCAGCUGACCCUCAAACAGACUCCCUCCUCACCUUAAAAUCCCAACUCACCGACAACUCCAACACCUUACAAGACUGGUCCCUCAACUCCAACACCAAACAAGUCCCCUCCUGCUCCUGGUCAGGCAUCCUCUGCAACCAAAACUCCACUUCCAUCAUCUCCAUCAACCUCUCCUCCAAAAGCCUCUCCGGAGCCUUCCCAGCCACUCUACUCUCCGUCUUCACCGACCUCCUCGAGCUCAACAUCAGCGACAACUCCUUCUCCGGCGAGCUCCCACAAGAGAUCUUCAACCUCACAACCCUCAGAAGCCUCGACAUAAGCCUCAACAACUUCUCAGGCCCUUUCCCAAACGGUGCCUCUUCCUUCAAGAACCUCACCCUCUUAAACGCCCUGAGCAACAGCUUCUCAGGCUCCUUACCAACCGAUCUCCCUCUCCUGGAGAAUCUCAAGGUGCUGAACCUCGCUGGCAGCUACUUCACAGGUUCGAUCCCUGCUCAAUACGGUUCUUUCAAGAACCUAGAGUUUCUUCAUUUAGGUGGGAACUUACUCAGCGGUCACAUACCUAAAGAGCUUGGGGGUUUGAAGAGUAUGACUCACAUGGAGAUUGGUUACAACUCUUACCAAGGAGUGAUCCCUUGGCAGAUAGGUUACAUGAGUGAGCUCAAGUACUUAGACAUAGCUGGAGCCAACCUCUCUGGCUUCUUGCCAAAGCAUUUCAGCAACUUAACCAAGCUUGAGUCGUUGUUCCUCUUCAGGAACCAUCUCUCUGGUGAGAUCCCUUGGGAGCUUGGAAGCAUCACUUCUCUUGUUAACUUAGACCUUUCGGAUAAUCAUUUGUCAGGGACCAUACCUGAGAGCUUUGCGGAGUUAAAGAAUCUUAAACUGUUGAGUCUUAUGUACAAUGAGAUGAGUGGGACACUCCCUGAAGGAAUAGCUCAGCUUCCUUCUUUGGAAACUCUCUUCAUAUGGAACAAUUACUUCUCUGGUUCACUUCCAAAGAGUUUAGGGAUGAACUCUAACCUUAGAUGGGUUGAUGUCUCCACCAACAGUUUCCAAGGAGAGAUCCCACAUGGUAUCUGCUCAAGAGGCUUUCUUUACAAGCUCAUGCUCUUCUCCAACAACUUCACUGGGACUCUGUCUCCAUCACUCACUAAUUGUUCAGCUCUUGUUCGUAUCCGUCUUGAAGAUAAUGCCUUCUCUGGUGUGAUACCUUUUAGCUUUAGCCAGCUUCCUGAUAUCUCUUACAUAGACCUCUCUAGAAACAAACUCACUGGAGGGGUUCCUGGAGAUAUCUCCAAAGCUAGAAAGCUUGACUACUUCAAUAUCUCGCAUAACCCUGAGUUAGGAGGCAAACUAUUACCGGAGAUUUGGUCUUUGCCGCGUCUCCGCAACUUCUCUGCCUCCUCCUGCAGUAUCUCCGGCCCUCUCCCUGAGUUUGAGUCAUGCAAGUCCAUCACCGUUAUUGAGCUGAGUAACAACAACAUAUCAGGAACCAUAACACCAUCUGUUUCAUCUUGUCACUCUCUUUACAAGAUGGAUUUAGCUGGAAACAUCAUUGCAGGUGGUGUUCCUGGGUCAUUGGCUAAGCUUCCACAUCUUAAAGUUUUGGAUUUAUCAGACAAUAACUUGGCUGGUUCCAUCCCUUCUGACAAAGUGUUGAGAUCAAUGGGGAUAGAGGCAUAUGAAGGGAAUGCAAACUUGUGUGGACUUCCUUUGAGACCAUGUGCAGCUUACAGCUCAAGGAAGCUUGUGUCUGUUCUGGUAGCUUGUCUAGUUUCCUUUGUAAUAAUAGUAGCUGGAACCUUGGGGUUGUACUAUGUUCUUCAGAGAAGUUCAGGGAGGUGGAAGAUGGUGUGUUUCUCUGGACUCCCUCAUUUCACAGCAGAUGAUGUUUUGAGAAGCUUUGAACCUAUUGAAGAGCCUCCACAAGUAUCAUCCUCUAUGUGCAAAGCGGUUUUGCCAACAGGAAUCACAGUCACAGUGAGGAAAAUAGAAUUGCAAGGCAAGAAGAGAGGUGUUGUGUUGAAGGUUUUAACGCAGAUGGGGAAUGCAAGACAUGUGAACCUUGUUAGGUUGCUUGGUUUUUGUUACAACAAUCAUCUUGUGUAUGUGUUGUAUGAUAAUAAUAAUCUGCAUACUGGGACUCUGGCUGAGAAGAUGAGGAAAAAGAAGAGAGAUUGGGUGACUAAGAAGCGGAUCAUCAGUGGAGUUGCAAAGGGACUUUGCUUCCUUCACCAUGAAUGUUACCCUGCAAUUCCACAUGGUGAUGUGAAGUGUAGUAACGUUUUGUUCAAUGAUGAUAAUAACAUGGAGCCUUGCUUGGGUGAGUUUGGGUUCAAGUACAUGUUGCACUUGAACAAAGGCAUGGUCUCUUCAGAUCAGAUGAACGAUGUAAGAAGAGCAGAGCAGCAAAAGGACGUUUACAGCUUUGGAGAGCUUGUUUUGGAGAUCUUAUCAAAUGGUAAGCUGAGGGAUGCAGGUAGAUUGUUACAUAACAAGCCUAAGGAUGUUCUUCUACGAGAAGUAUACGCAGAAAACGAAAAUGGUUUUGAACAAGAAGUUAAAAGAGUCGUUGAGGUUGCACUUCUAUGCAUAUCAAGUAACCAGUCUGACCGUCCCUGUAUGGAAGAUGCACUCAGGUUUUUGUCUGAACCACAUAGUAGUAGGUUGAAAUAGGUGUACUGCAGACGGUGUUGAACUACACAUAGUUUUCCCUUCAAUAUAGCAUUGUACUAAAACAUUAGUUGUGUGACUUUUGUUCGAACCAUAUGUUAUAUGAUGAUGCUGUUCUUGUAUUAGUGUGUUGCAACUUUUAAACCCGAGUUUGAAUAGAAAAUAAAAUUGUUCAAACAACUCUGCAACAAAGUAAUUUAAAGUACUGAAGCAACAUAUUAAAGACAGAUCCAAACCUUAACCGACGACAAACAAAAAAAAA